GCUUAUAGCAACCACUAGUGAUUUACUACGACUAGUUAUUUAUUCCCAACCGCCAGUUUCAACUAGAACGUGCAAGGAUACCAAUCAUGAGAUUUUUCCUCCUCUUGGCAUUACUUGCCGCAUCGGCUUUGGCCGCCCAGAAGCGCUACGAUGGCUACAAGGUAUUUCAAGUGAAAGCUCACGAUUUGUCUUCAUUCCACGCCAUCGCCCAGCUUCACGCUGAGCAGAGCAGCAUUUACGAUUUCUGGACUGAACCGCGAAGCCUCGAUGACCCCAUGGAUAUCAUGGUCCCCCCGGCUUACAUGCAAGCAUUUGAUCAGCUGCUGCAAACUCACAAUUUGCGUCACCGAGUUAAAAUCGCCGAUGUCCAGAGUGCAAUUGAAAACAACCUUAAAGGCCAGGCUGCACCUAGCGUAGUCCAAGAGCCUCGUUCCGGUUCUCUUCGUUACAAGUUGAACUGGACUGAAUACCACGAUUACACAACUAUUGCGUUGUUUCUUGCCGAGUUGGCCCAAAAUUACCCUAGCAUUGUGACAUUGAUUACCAUUGGCAAGACGUACGAAAACAGGGAGAUGUACAUGGUUAAGAUUUCUAAUGCCCAAACAGCAAACCCCAACAAAAAUGCCAUCAUCGUCGAUGGAGGUAUUCAUGCUCGUGAAUGGAUUUCACCUGCUUGGAACACUUGGCUCAUCCAUGAGUUGGUUGAAAACUAUGCUGCCCAUCCCCAAUAUGUCGACAAUCUUGAUUGGUUCAUUCUACCAGUUAUGAAUCCUGAUGGCUACGUAUAUUCCUUUGCAGAUGAUCGCUUAUGGCGUAAAAACCGAAAGCCAGUAAAUGGUCCCUGUGUCGGCAUUGACCUCAACCGUAACUUCGGAUUCCACUGGAAUGAAGGAGGAGCUGCAGGUAACGGCUGUGAUCAAACAUAUCACGGACCAACUGCCUUCAGCGAAGACGAAAGCGCCAAUGUUCGCGAUGCUAUUCUUUCAGUUGCAAAUGGAAGAACUAAAGCUUACCUGACCUACCAUUCUUACGGUCAAUAUUGGCUCACACCUUGGGGCUAUACCGCCGAUUUGCCCGAAGACUACCCACAGCUGUUUGAUUUGGCUCAGAAUGCUGUCAACAGCUUGACCGCUGUCUACGGGACUCAGUAUACAAUUGGAUCUUCUACCAACGUUCUCUAUGUUGCAUCGGGAGGUAGCGAUGACUGGGCAAAGGGAGGAGCCGGAAUUCCAUAUUCCUAUACUGUCGAGCUUCGAGAUACAGGAGAUUUCGGAUUCCUACUUCCAGCUGACCAAAUCAUCCCGAAUAAUUUGGAGAUGUGGGAAGCCAUGAAAGUUGUAGCAGAAUACGUCACCGGACUCGUCUAAUUACAUCAUGUCAUUCCAUCACGUUAUCUUAAAACAUUGCUAAUGCAAUAAAUAAAUCGUAGUUCAGAACUGA